AAAAUGUGUGUAUUAUAUGUUAAGCACAUGGUUCUGUGCCUUUGUCUGAACCCGUGUGGUAAACGACUUGCGAGUGAAUUGUGCUCAGUGACAGUGGGUAGGAUUAGCACAGGAAUAGUGUGGUGCUGCUGAAAGGCCAGUGCUUCAGUUAUGUCAUUGUGCUGUUCAGGCUCCACCAUUUCUACCAGCAGCUUCUCUAAACACACAGCUGGGGCUCAGCUAAUUGCUCACUCUUUGUUUUUGAUGACUCCUGUUUACAGGUCCUCACCUGAUAAGAACAUGGAGAAUAACCAAACAUUUCUGUACUUUGCAUAUGGUAGCAACCUUCUAAAGGAGCGUCUCCAGCUCAAGAAUCCCUCUGCAACAGUGUACUGCGUGGCAAGGCUCAAGGAUUAUAAAUUGGUGUUUGGCAACUACAAAGGUCUAGCCAGUGACCGCUGGCAUGGUGGUGUGGCCACCAUAGAAGACAGCCCAGGGGACGAGGUGUGGGGUGUGGUGUGGCGGAUGAGCAUAUCUGAUCUAGAGUCACUAGACAAUCAAGAGAAUGUGAUGUUAGGUGCUUACCGACCUGUGGAAUUAUCAGUGAAGACAAAAGGUCAAGAUAUCAGCUGUCGCACCUACAUAAUGAACAGCUGUGUGUAUGCCCGACCAUCACCACAAUAUCUACAGCUCCUCCUGUACCACAACAAAUCAGAGGAGCCCACAUUACUGCAGAUGAAGACGUCAUUCAUCUGUUCAUCUCACUUCAUCCUACAGUCAUUCAUUCUUCGCUUGAGGCAGAUACUGACUGCAGGACUGUAUCAGGAUGGACCCUGGUUUAUAAUCAUCAGUCCACUUGUCUCCUUAGCCUGAUGACCUCUCACACUACUGGGGUCCACCAAAUGAUCCCCAGGUUGCUGUUGCAUUGGGCACCAAUAAUCUUCUGGGCAUAGCUCUUCUAAACUGCAUUGUAAAUAAAGUUACUGAACAUAGUUUAUUUGUAUUCUCCAACCUCCUCUGGAACUUGAGAUAAACACUUUUGGAGAAAAGUGAAAGAACUCAUGGUACUAUGGCUUCACCCAAAUGUUUUCAGUUCACCCUCAACGCUCAUUUGGGUUCAUCAUGUCCAGCAGACUCACGGUGGUCAGGAGACAGCUCUGUCCCUCUUCAAAAUUGCACAGACAAAUUUC